AUGGUUGGCGACACUACACUGCCGGCCACGCGCCGAACCACGCGCAAAUCGAUCAGCGCCAUGGAAAGGGACAAUGCGACGGUGGACCUGGGCGCCGGCAUCACGCUGGCGGACAACAGGAAGAAGUCCAAGUCGCGCAGCAAGAGCAUGGGUCCUGGAGGUUUAGAUGCUCUCAAGGCAGGUUCUGGGAACCGUCGAGUGUCACUGGCAGGUCCCGCCCGGCCACUGCCCCGGUCUAUCCUCAAGCCCACAAUGCCUCUAGCCGAGAUACCUGGCUACAAACCAAGACACUCUUAUGCCGCCGGCGCACUGGGUACCGAGAAUCAACCGGACCUGCUAAGCGGCGACGACCUCGGCUCGUCAGGUACAAAGGUUGCACUGCGAACAGAAGAGGAACAGCAGGCGGCAGCACGGGAACGGGAGGAGCGCGAGAGAGCAGCCCUGGAGAAAGAAAUCAAGGACAGGAGGGAGGCCCGCCGGAAAUCUCUUGCGAACCGUCGAGUUUCGUUUGCAGCCGAGGCCACUCUGCACACCUUUCAUGAAGUCGAGUACAUGCAAGACUCUACAGCAUCCACGGACUCGACGCGCAGAGCGUCAUCGGCCCCUACACCCCCCGAGGCCGCACCCCAGGAAGACCAUCCCGACCCAGAUGCAUCGGACACACCCUCUACGCCACCCGAUCAGAUCGAGGAGACAGUAGCAGAGUCUCCAGAGGACCAGCGACAUCUUCAUCAGAGGAACCAAAGAAGAAGCUCGGGCCUGACAUCAGAGGACGACUUUGACCGUCAGAACGACAACACGAUAGCAUCCACUAUUUAUGACUCCGACUCGGACGAGGGCGACGAUGUCGCAGAGGUCCAAACCGAGGCAUCGGGCUCGGACAGUGACUCUGACAGCGACGGGACGAUGAUGACUAUGGAGGCUGAAGAGAUGACUUCUGCAUCUCUUGCAUCAACGAGGUACGGAGAUGAGGCCGACAACACGACCUCCAGCCUGGAUGGUGCACUAAGAGAGGCCGCUCGGCGAGCUGUCAAUCAAGCACGAGAGCCCGAUGAGGAUGAGGAGGUCAUCUCGGGCUUUAAAGGGUGGGGGAGGAAAGCAAGAGAGCAGCGAGAGGCUGCUGUCAUUGCUCAGGAGCCCCCAUCCGAGGAGGAAAUUCCCUCGAGUCCUCUUAAGUCCAGUCCUGAAAAGUCCGAUAUUAAUGAAGGCACGGAAAUGGACAUGGAUAUGGACAUGACUAAUGCCGUCGGUGGGAUCAUCAAACAAAUCAUUCCGUCAUCGCCAGAUCAAGCAGGCCAGGAGGACAUGUCAAUGGACGUUACCAACGUAUAUGGUGGCAUUCUUCCACAACUACAACCUCCGACACAUGACGAUGAGCCGGCUCAGGAUGAACAGACUAUGGAGUUCACCACAGCUGUGGGUGGCAUACAGCGACCCCCGCCAUCCGAUGACGAUCAAGAGAUCCCAAGCGACGAGGACAUGUCGAUGGAGCUCACAACCGUCAUGGGGCGUGUGCUCGGUGCUAAGAACAAACAGCUCAGGCAGUCGUUGCAGUUGAGCUCCUCGCCCGUCAAAGAUCCAGUUGAUGAUGAUGGCGAUGGUGAUGGGUUGAUGGAGACGGCGCUGGAUGUGACCAAAGGCAUCGGCCGCAUUCUUCCCACAAACAACGAGGAUGAGUGCUUGGACGCUGACGCUGACACUGCCACGGGCAUGGACCUGACCGCAGCUGUUGGUGGUAUCGUCAAGCCUGUAUCUCCAGCAGAAAGAACAGCUGCGAAGAAGCUUAUGGAGCAAGAGGCCGACCAACCCGAGAUGACCACGACACCUGAUUUCACCACUACGAGCUCCCCACCGAAGCAGCCCUCGGUACGAGCCGUGGCAGAAGACUCACCCAACCUGUCCGCUCUGAGCGGCAAAAAGCUUCGACGAAGCAAUGGGCUCCUGUUUCCUGCGACACCGAAGUCACCCACAAAGAAUGCCAGCCCCGCGUCCCAACGCAAGACGCGCUCUCAAGGACCAGCAUCGCCGGAAUCAUCACGCAGUCCUGCACGGAGUAGCAGCCGGACACCGUCGCCAAAGAGGCUGGGCCCGCUGUCGAGGAACCUUUCGCCUCAAGCAAAAGCCACGCCAUUGUCCAAAUCGCCUGCUAGGCCUUCCAGUAGUCUAUUCCAGCGAGACUUGACGACUGGGUCGAGAACACCCCUGGUGGUGUUAACACCGCAGCGACCCAAGCUGUCGGGUGUUGGAGUGGACAGAAGUGGCAUUGGAUCACCGCGUGUCACCGAGCUUCUCGGCCGACGUAGUUCGAUCGGAGACACUGCUGCCACGUUUAGUCCAAUCCAACUUCCGCAACAUCGCAAGGCCGUGGCAUUUGAGGAUCCCAGGAUCAUGGAAGAGGAGAUCGACAGAGAACGUCGCGACGAUCAAGACCGUGAAAGCGGUCGGCGUAUCCUGGAGAAGGAAGCCGAUGAUAUUACAUCUAGUCUGAAGGAGAUGAUACAGGGCUUAUCUCCGAAGAAAAAUCCCCUGAAAGGCCGGAAGAGCUUGCACGUCGGCAGCGCAAGGGGCCUUUUGGGGAAGCGUCCUUCUGAGUUGGAAGAUGACAGCGAUGCCGAAGUGCAGGAUGGCAUCAAGAGGCUUAAAGGGCAUCAGGGCAGUCCAGUGAAGAAUAUCAGACUACAACAGCCGCCAUCCAAAGCCGAGACGACCGGAUCACGACCUACGUUCCCACCCAAUCGAGUGCCAGGCGACACCGGAAACAACACAUCCACGCCCACAACGGCGCCGUCCCCAUCAAGAGCGACAACUCCGAAGGAGCAAGGGCGGUUCAAAAAUAUAGACAACGAUCAGCCGACUGCCACAUUCACCUUCCAUGCUACUCCACUGGCAGAUCUUGCGGAUCUGCAACCUCCAGACGAUGAUGAGGAUAGGAUCCACCUGCAGGACUUCCUCAACUUGACCAGCAUUCGAUUCAUGGAGCUGACAACCACGAAGCGGCGGCAUACCAUUCUACCUUCAUCCCGUAAGAGCAGCCUCUCUGAAGACAAAGACAGCCUUUCCCUUGAAAAGUGCGUCGUUGCCGGUGCUUGCACGGUGCCGAUGCUCGAGCUAUUUCAGCAUUCCUGUCGGGAACUGAAGAAGUACAUUUCGGAAGGUCGAAAAAUUGUUCGCGAGAUCGAAACGGAGACAUUCCAGGAAAACCCGCCUUUGUUCCGCGAGUAUAUCACGGCUUCACCCGAAUUCAAAAACCUCAUGGACAAUCAGUUCAAGAACGUCAAGACCAACGCGCGAUUGCUCAGCAAAGCGAUGUGGUACGACUGGAGGAUGAAGCUACAAGAUGGCCUCAGGGAGGGCCUGGUCAAGAUUGCCGAAGGAAUGAUAGCGGAUGAGCAGCUUCUCGAAAAGCAGCGAAAGCUCCUGUCUUCCGUCUUGCCUGCGAUGAUGAAGCAGCUAGACACGCUAACUCGGGAGUGUGAGAAUCUCGAUACUGUUGCCAGCGAGCUGGAAGACUGUGAUCCUCAGGAACUGAAUUCUGCCCGUGCGGACCUCGCUUCUGUGGAAGACGACAUUGAGGCGAAGAGCAAGGAGAUCGCACAGCUCCGAGAGCAGUUCAGAACAAGCGAGGAAAGGGUUGGACAGCUUGUGGAACAGAAGCAACGGUGCAAUGCAGACAUCAAGGAAGCCGAAAGGAUCAGAGAGGAAUGUCGCGGCUGGAGCUCCACCGAGAUCAGCGCCCUCAAAGCCAAGGUCGACGCCAUUGAAAAACAACACGGCUGGGCAAUCACAGGAGUGGUGGGGACCAGCGUAUCGGUAUCCUACCGCCACGAGAUCGAGCUCGUAUUCGACACGGCCCCAUUCAGGCCAGGACAGCAGGACUCCCGCAUAGAUCUCUGGUAUAUCGCAGCGAGCAGGGAGCGAAAGCCCGUGCCGUUGACACCAGAAAGGGAGUUUUGCCUUGAGUGCAUACGCGACCAUCUCCGCUGCCUGCCUCAGUCCAACACAAAAGUGAGCUCGAUGCUCGGACUGGUCAGCCGCGGGUGGGACCGCGCAAACGCACUGGCCAAUCAGAUAUACCAGCUGAACCUCGCAUUUCCAACUUCAGCAGCUCGCACCUCGGACUCUUCAAUCUCCAUUUCUUCGACCUUACUUCUGGCCCCACUGCAGACCAAGGUUGGGGUGAGUUUGAGCGUGCAAAGCUCGGUCGGUGUCGACAGUCUCGAUUUCAUUGUUUCAGCUCAGGCAGCUAUUGUCUACGGUGAGCAGUUCAAUGCGGGCAAAAUGGUAGACUUCUUGUCAAGCCGAAUAGGGCAGCGUGUCUAUUGUCCAUCUGAGAAGGAAAGUGAAACGUGGGUCAAUGUCGUCGCAGACUUGCACGCAAGGCUGCUGGCCCGAGGGAAGAAGUAA